AUGGCGCUCUUUCUCAUCGCCCUGGCUUUUCUGUCAGUAGUCAAUGCAGCAGCUUUGACUGCUAAUUAUCCUAUCAACGCGCAGUUGCCACCUGUCGCGCGCGUCUCACAGCAUUUCCGCUUUGCGUUCGCCCAAAGUACUUUCUCUAACAGUGACAACGCCACGGAAUACUCGCUAUCAGAUGCACCAUCAUGGCUCAAAGUCAACAGCAGCACUCGUACACUCUCAGGAACACCAGACAUGGGUGACAGUGGCUCCAAAAAGUUCAGGCUCAAGGCAUCCAACGGGUCGGAGAGCGACAGUAUGGAAGUUACUCUAAUUGUGACAGCCGAUCAAGGACCAACUGUGAACAAGCCACUCGUGCCUCAACUACAGUCAUUGGGGCCCGUUUCAUACCCUGCGACUCUGUUCAUCCACCCCGGUCGCCCGUUCUCCAUCGAGUUUGACCCGGACACUUUCGACAAUACGCAUCCCUCUACGAUCUACUACGGAACCUCGCCGAACAAUGCACCGCUACCUUCUUGGAUCAACUUCGAUCCAGUCGCCCUGAAAUUCGCAGGAAACAGCCCAGCAUUUCCAGGAGCUGGGCCUCAGACAUUUACGUUUCAGCUGAUUGCAUCAGAUGUUGCUGGAUAUAGCGCGGCCAACAUGACUUUUGAGCUGGCGAUCGGUCCUCAUAUUCUGGCAUUCAACGAAACUGUCCAGACAUUCAACCUCACCCGGGGUGACAAGUUUACCAGUCCUAAAUUCACCAGCAUUCUGUCGAUGGACGGCUCGCCAACUUCGAGCACGGACCUGGCCAAGGUCGAUGCUGAACUGCCGGACUGGCUGGACCUGGACGAGGAUAAUGUAUCACUAAGUGGAACACCACCGAGUGAUGCCGUGAACCAGAACAUCACUAUUGCUGUGACCGACACUUUCCAAGAUCAGGCGAAGCUGAUGGUCCGCCUGGAGUUCCUCAAGUUGUUCCUUGAUACUGUCGAUGGAUGUGAAGCAGCAAUUGGCAAGGAAUUCAAGUUCGAGUUUAACCAGUCUAUCGUUACCGAUGACUCUGUGCAACUAGAUGUUAAGUUGGACAGCGAUUUGUCCUCGUGGCUCACCUACUUCCCUGAAAACAAGACGCUCUAUGGACAUGUUCCAGAAGAUAUGGACCCUAAGAAGUUUACCAUUCCUCUUACUGCACACCAAGGAUCGACUGAUGACACAAGAGACUUUGUGCUCGAUGUACUCAAAGAAUCGGACACACAUUCAAACCCCACGGAUCCGUUCUCUGAUUCCAGCAGCCCCAACCACAAGAAGGCUGGCAUUAUUGCUAUCUCCAUCGUCGUCCCGGUUGUGGUGAUCUUGAGUCUUCUGAUUCUCUUCUGCUGCUGGCGUCGUAGAAAGAGCUCACCCACAGUUGAAGAAGGACGUACCAACACCAAGCCGGCGCCUCCACGGCCAGUCAGACCGGAUGUACCCAAUUGCCACCCAGCCAUGUCGGAAAGACCUUCUCGUGACGACAACUCGGAAGACUGGAUGAGCCCUAUCUCGCCCGCAUCAGAUCUCCCCAAGCUUGAACUUGGACCAGCUUGGAAUGUGUCCUCUUUUGAUAAACAGGAGCACCCUAUCAGCUUCUCUAUACCUGAGCCUGUCGUCCCUCCCCGUUCUCCUAAACGAAACUCUCCCGUUCGUGGUGGUUUUGUCCCGCUGCGAGAGGUCAUCUCAGAGGACAAGCCAGUUCAUACCUCUCCUAGCAAGAAACAGAACAACCGUCUUUCAUAUACCACUACCAACAGCCCCGUCCGUCGCAGAUCCACCAACCGAACCCGACGCCAGCCCUUGAAAACCAUCCAGCCGCGAGCAAUGAAGCGAGAGUCUAUCCAAUCAUCAAAGUCGAAGCGAUACUCCAAACGUUCAAGUGGUAUUUCAUCCAUUGCUUCUGGACUACCUGUGCGAUUCAGCGGUGCCGGACAUGGUGCCGGUGGAUUCGGGCCUCCUGGACAUGGCGUCGUUCACAUGUCAUGGCAAAACAACAGAGCAUCCAUGCUGAGUGAUGAGGCCAGCACCACCAACAUCGGACCGCUAUUCCCCCGCCCUCCUGCUGCCGCCCGCAUGAGACACAGUAUGGCAUCCAGCAUCCCAGAGAACUACAAACGGGUCACGCUGCGAGCUGUGGAGCCCGAUGAGUCCACCAUCUCAGAGGCCGACUCCCUCGAAGCUUUCGUCCACAGCCGCGCCAAGCACCGCAACUCCUCCAACCCACUCUUCUCCGCUCAAAUCAGCCGCCGCACCUCAUCCGGUCUCCGAGCUCUCGAGCGAGCCCGCAGUAUCCGCAGCCGUGCCGACACAGUCUCAGUAUCAACCUUCAGCGAUGAGUACCGCCAAUCAAUUCAAGAGCGCCCGAUGUCCACAGCAAUCUCAGUCUCAGAAUACGGCGACGACAACCGCAUGUCCCACUACCAGAACUUGCAGACACCAGGCCUGUUCCCUCUUGCCGAGGGCAGCGCCAACGGUCACAGUCAGUUGAGUCUCGCGCAGGAUUACCGCGGUGUCAUCUCCCCACUACCUCGCUUUUGGAGUGAGAACAGUCUGAGCAGUGCUCGACAGUUGGAGGGCCAGCAUCGGUCUCAGAAAGUGAAUGAUGAUAAUGCCAUGCCGCAGAGUUCUUCCAUGAUCUCGGAUCUGGAUGAGCAUCUGCGCAAGGUCAGCCCUAAGAAGGCGGAUCCCCAAUGGCGGAUGUCUCCUCUAGAGCCUCCUCCGGUGAAGAGCGGAAGCAGCCGUGGUCUUCCUGUUGCCAGUAGUGGCGAGCUAGCCUUUGUUUGA